GGUGUUUGUCGGACGCAGUCGGGGGGUCGGCUGUGGUGAAGUUGUAAAGGGGGUGUGCGCGCUCGUUGGCGGCUGCACCCUCCCUGAACCGGAGUGGGCGUUCCCGCCGCGGUGACGUCACCCUUUGUUGACAAGCGGGAGUAGGAGGCCGGCGGCCGGCGGUCGUCGCCUCAGUCGGUGCGCGCACCUUUCCCCUCAGCGCGGCGCCCUCUCCCCGCUCUCGCACUCCUCUCGUUCGGGCCAAAUUCCACUUCACCUAACACGGGAUGUGCCGCACUGUGAGCUGAUGUGCCCGGGCUGCUGGCGGGAGAGGCGACCGAGUCGUAGACAGGAGCAGGGGGAACAAAAGAUGCCGCGGCGAGGCGAGGGCUUCCUCCUGCUGGAGCAGGCCGUCACGGUCGACCCGAACGAGAUCGACGCGCUGGUGGCGAAGAUCGGCGAGACGCUGCAGUUGCAGCGGGUGCCCGGCGGCGGGGCCGCCAAGCAGCAGCAGCAGCCGUCGGUGCAGACCAUUCAUCAUCAGCAGCAGCAGCCGCCGUACGAGCGGGAGCGGCAGCAGCCUCCGCCGCGGGGCCCGGCCAAGUGCGGCUUCUGCUGCAUCGACCGCCUGAAGGCUCCGAGCCGCAACAAGCCUUACCAAGUGCCGGCCCGGAUCCGCGACCCGGCCUCCUCCUCGUCGGCCGGCAACGGCAAAGGGCGGGUGGCGCGGCCCGGCUCCGAGGCCAGCGCCCAGCAGAAGCUGGAGCAGCUCCUCUCCUCGGGCAACCUGAUCAAAGAGGCGGUGAGGCGCCUGCGGAUCGACCGGCACUACUCGCCACUGUACGUGGAGAAGAUCCCGAUGUAAGCCCCGUUCGGAGGGGAACCCAACGCGGGGAAGACUUGUACCGUGGGAGAGGAACAUUAAAACACAAAGGAAUCCACAGCCGGUGAGAAGUGAAUAGUUUUUCAGAACAAUAAUCUGUCUUAAAGCACUGUGCGGUAUUCACGAGGAGAUGGAUAAGGACUUUGGAAUUUCAUCUUUGCACCAGUUCAAUUAUAUUUUAACAAAAACAAUGCAAACCAAUCUUUUUCGAUAUUGACUGCUUGUAUAUUUUUUCAAUGGGCUACAGAAACCUUGUUUACAGCGGAAAAGCACGCCGUCUGGUGCUUGUUUAAACUGACGGACACCCGCAAGGUCGUUAACCAACGCUGACCUUGAUCUUUUUGGACUCCCUCGUUACUUUUUUUGGAUGGGUCUUUUCCGCAGACAUUUGAAUGCUCCCCACCUCCAAAAAUCGUUUCUCAGUAAAGUGGACUGGAUACCAGCCGAGCCAAAUCCGCAUUCCAAGAACUCUAGAACCACCAACUACAUCAGGAAUUCCGCGAACUGUUUACAAGACGUGUCUUUUUCCCACUAGCUUUCGGACCUGGUUUCGUGGCAAAGUAGGGUUCAAGUUCGUUGUUAUUUAAUAGCCACUUAAAUUUCGCUACAAUAAAAUAAGGUGUUUACUUCGUAACGGAGUAUUUCGUUGUUCCUGUUCUCCAGGAAUUAAUGUCAAAUAAAGUAUUGCAGUUGAACAACAGACUUAUUUGCUUCUUGUAUGAUGUAGCCUACUUUAAUAACUUA